GGCCUACGGAAGCCGAAGCUAUUCAUUUCGGCCGCGUUUAUUUUUUUAUUCCCAGGCUUUGGCUCCCUCCUUCCGCGCGAGCCUCUGGAGAAGCUGCAGCACUUAGGCGCCGUCGCUGCCUCCUGGGGCCUGAACCCCGGCGACCCAGCGCUGACCCAGGCUCCUACCCCUGCAGUUCGCCUUGCGCCAUGGACUGGCAGCCAGACGAGCAGGGCCUGCAGCAGGUCUUGCAGCUUCUCAAAGACUCGCAGUCGCCCAACACAGCUACUCAGCGCAUUGUGCAGGAUAAACUUAAACAACUGAACCAGUUUCCUGACUUCAACAACUAUCUGAUCUUCGUCCUGACCAGACUCAAGUCAGAAGAUGAGCCAACCCGCUCUCUCAGUGGCCUCAUCCUCAAGAAUAAUGUGAAGGCACAUUACCAGAGCUUCCCGCCUCCUGUGGCUGACUUCAUCAAACAGGAGUGUCUCAACAACAUUGGCGAUGCCUCCUCUCUCAUCCGAGCCACCAUUGGCAUUCUCAUCACCACCAUCGCUUCCAAGGGUGAGCUGCAGAUGUGGCCUGAGCUGCUGCCCCAGCUGUGCAACCUGCUGAACUCGGAGGACUAUAACACCUGUGAGGGAGCCUUUGGAGCCCUGCAGAAGAUCUGUGAAGACUCUUCUGAGCUUUUGGAUAGUGAUGCUCUCAACAGGCCCCUGAACAUCAUGAUCCCUAAGUUCCUGCAGUUUUUCAAGCACUGCAGCCCCAAGAUCCGGUCCCAUGCCAUUGCCUGUGUGAACCAGUUCAUCAUGGACCGGGCCCAGGCACUGAUGGACAACAUCGAUACCUUUAUUGAGCACCUGUUUGCCUUGGCUGUGGAUGAUGACCCUGAGGUGAGGAAGAACGUGUGCCGUGCUCUAGUGAUGCUUUUGGAAGUGCGAAUUGAUAGACUCAUCCCUCACAUGCACAGCAUCAUCCAGUACAUGCUGCAGAGGACCCAGGAUCAUGACGAGAAUGUGGCCCUGGAGGCCUGUGAGUUCUGGCUGACGCUGGCUGAGCAGCCCAUCUGCAAGGAAGUCCUGGCCUCCCAUCUGGUCCAGUUGAUCCCGAUCCUCGUGAAUGGAAUGAAGUACUCUGAAAUUGACAUUAUCCUGCUUAAGGGGGACGUGGAGGAGGACGAGGCAGUACCUGACAGCGAGCAGGACAUCAAGCCACGCUUCCACAAGUCACGCACAGUGACACUGCCCCACGAGGCUGAGCGGCCUGAUGGCUCUGAGGAUGCAGAGGAUGAUGAUGAUGACGAUGCUUUGUCCGACUGGAAUCUGAGGAAGUGCUCAGCAGCUGCGCUGGAUGUCCUUGCUAACGUCUUCCGGGAGGAGCUGCUGCCCCAUCUACUUCCCCUGCUCAAGGGCCUCCUGUUCCACCCCGAGUGGGUGGUCAAGGAGUCAGGGAUCCUGGUGCUGGGUGCCAUUGCCGAGGGCUGCAUGCAGGGAAUGGUGCCCUAUCUACCUGAGCUGAUCCCACACCUCAUCCAGUGCCUGUCAGACAAGAAGGCCCUGGUCCGCUCCAUUGCCUGCUGGACGCUGAGCCGCUAUGCCCACUGGGUAGUCAGCCAACCACCUGACAUGCACCUCAAGCCUCUGAUGACAGAGCUGCUCAAGCGUAUCCUGGAUGGCAACAAGAGGGUGCAGGAGGCAGCCUGCAGUGCCUUUGCUACCUUGGAGGAGGAGGCAUGCACAGAGCUGGUCCCCUACCUCAGCUAUAUCCUUGACACUCUCGUUUUUGCCUUUGGCAAAUACCAGCACAAGAACCUGCUCAUCCUCUAUGAUGCCAUUGGCACCCUGGCCGACUCUGUGGGCCACCACCUUAAUCAGCCGGAAUACAUUCAGAAGCUGAUGCCUCCACUGAUCCAGAAGUGGAAUGAGCUCAAGGAUGAAGACAAGGACCUCUUCCCCCUGCUGGAGUGUCUGUCAUCUGUGGCCACUGCCCUGCAGAGUGGCUUCCUGCCCUACUGUGAGCCUGUCUACCAGCGCUGUGUUACCCUGGUGCAGAAGACACUGGCCCAGGCCAUGAUGUACACACAACACCCUGAACAAUACGAGGCCCCUGACAAGGACUUCAUGAUCGUUGCACUGGACCUACUUAGUGGCUUGGCUGAGGGCCUGGGUGGCCAUGUGGAACAGCUGGUAGCCCGAAGUAACAUCAUGACAUUGCUCUUCCAGUGUAUGCAGGAUUCCAUGCCUGAGGUCCGGCAGAGCUCCUUUGCCCUUCUGGGAGACCUUACCAAAGCCUGCUUUAUCCACGUCAAGCCCUGUAUCGCUGAGUUCAUGCCUAUCCUGGGCACCAACCUGAACCCAGAGUUCAUCUCCGUCUGUAACAAUGCCACCUGGGCCAUUGGGGAGAUCUGCAUGCAGAUGGGGGCAGAGAUGCAACCCUAUGUGCAGAUGGUCCUCAACAAUCUGGUGGAGAUCAUUAACAGGCCCAACACACCCAAGACACUACUGGAAAACACAGGUCGCCUGACGAGUCCCUCUGCCAUUCCAGCCAUCACCAUCGGCCGCCUGGGCUACGUGUGCCCACAGGAGGUGGCACCCAUGCUGCAGCAGUUCAUCCGGCCUUGGUGCACGUCCCUUAGGAACAUCCGGGACAACGAGGAGAAGGAUUCUGCCUUCCGAGGCAUCUGCAUGAUGAUUGGUGUCAAUCCUGGGGGUGUUGUGCAGGACUUUAUUUUCUUCUGCGAUGCUGUAGCCUCCUGGGUGAGCCCGAAGGAUGACCUUCGGGACAUGUUUUAUAAGAUCCUCCAUGGCUUCAAAGACCAAGUCGGGGAGGAAAACUGGCAGCAAUUCUCAGAGCAGUUCCCACCGCUGCUCAAGGAGAGGCUGGCAGCCUUCUACGGGGUCUAGGUGAACGUGGAGACCACCAGGUUUCUGUCUGCGUCAUCGUCGGAGGGUGUGCUGGGGAAUGUGCUGCUUCCAGAAGUCACUGUGCCCUGGUCCAGGGGGGUUAGGGAGGAGUGAGUGGGACCUAAAUCCAGAUGCUACCUAGUCUGUGCAUCUGUCCAUCUGUUGGUCCACUUGCCCCACCGGGCCUGACGAGUGGGCAGGUGGGUGGGGACUCCAUGCUCAUCCUACAAAUAGGGAGGGGGGUGGGACUUCUUGGUGGGCAAGAGUUCUCUGGGCUCUAAUCUGGGUCAUCUCAGGCAGCCCAUUUGGGCCAGCCAUGUGGGAGGGAGGAAUCCUAAGGCCUACCGAAUCCGGUGUCAGAUAAGGCAAGGGAAUUACAGGUGGGGAGGGGGGUUCCUUGUAGAGAAGCAUACACUCACAUGUACACAUGUGGACACACGCAUGUGCGGGCACCACAGCCAGCUAGGCUGGGCCAGCCGCCCCACCAUUUCCUCGACUGCAUGGAGACAGUAGAAUUAGUGAACCCCCAAAUUAUGCCUAUGGCCUUCUGUGUACCUUGCAUCUAAAGUAUAAGAAGCUUCCGCUGUUUUGCCGGAAUUGGCAGUGAUUGGGAGGGCUGGGAGGUUUGGGGGACCUCAGCUGGGCCCCCAGGGCCAAGGGAGGAGGGCGGUCAUUUUGGGGCUGCCAAGCACUUGCACACUUUGGACCUGCUCCAUACACUUCCUGCCAGCUUCAUGGCAGCCUCAUCUAGUGUGUCCCCAUCUUUGUCACAUCCCAGCCAGCAGCAGGGUGGGGGGACCAUUGGAGCAGUGGGGACUAGCUUGAGGCUACCCUAGACGCUUUUCCUGUGCUCCAAAGGUAUUUAAAGGCACAGGCCUGGGACUAGUUUUCCUUAAGAGAGCUAAGGGCAGCCAGAGCUGCCAGCAUGAUUUCCUGGAUCUCUCUUGAAACAGCUUCAAGGAUAGUCCAGCUCUCUGCUCCUGAGAACUCCCUUCUCAAGAGCUAGGGCAACAGCAUGUGAUUGGUGAGGACAAAGGACAAAGGUUUACUGGGUCCAGCAAGUUUUGAAGGCUUGGGGGCGCAGAGUAUAUAUACCAGGGCCUCAAACUUUGUCCCUUUUGGGACUUAAUGUUCAUCACAGUGUCCACUGGACUCAGACCCCCCCCCCCCCCACCAGAUUGGUACACUGACUCUAAAAAUCCUUGAAGAAAUUGAUGGGGGAUGCCAUCAAAAUGGGAGGGGCUUUCUGAGAGGAGGGUGUGUGUGUGUGAUUAUUUCCAAAUUGGCUGUGGAAAUCAGCCUUGCAAGAUCCCUGAACGUUUUUUCUUCCAUCCCCUUUCUUGCUUCCUACUUCUUUGGGAGCCCAUUAUAUUUUGGGCUUUGACUGGAGUUCUGCAUCUUAAGGCCUGCUCCAUCAUCCCUCUGAGGACCUGGACCUUAUCCCAUCCAGGCCAUGUGUCUUCUCUCAAGUAGGGUCAGGCCCUACCUCUAUUCCCAGGGACACUUAGUGCACAUUCCAUAACUCAGCUAGUGGUCCCAAUCCCCUCCAGCCUCAAACUUGAGCAGGUCUCUGGAAGCCAUUUGUAGGGAAAAAAAACUUUUUUUUUUAAAGAAAAAUACCAUUAGCUUUCUGGUAAUUCCACUUCUUUGGAGCAUCCUCUGCUGGAUCUUGGGGUGUAUUGAUGGAUUGACUGUCUGAUGGAGUUGUGUCUCCCUCUGCCCAAGGUGGGGGUUCCAACUAACUUCAGGAAAGGGGAGCCCAACUCUUGUAUUUUCCCUUUUUUUAUUUUAUUUUAUUAUUUUUUAAAAGAAAUUAUUUAAUUCUUUAAUUUAUUUUUUAGUUGGUUUUUGCACAAUAAGUUUCAGUUUCUUAACCUUCUUUGCCCAGGGCUGCGGACACAGACUGACCUUGAUCUGCAGGCUCCCCCUCCCCCCCCAUUUCCCUGAGUCUUUCAUUACCAUUACCCUGUGGGCUCCCAGGUCUAUCCAUCUGUUACUGUGCUGUGCUGGGGACUGGCGCCUAGGUGGCGUGAGAUUCCACUUGUGUAGAACUUUGUUGAGUAAAGGUCAGUUUCUUGUGAAA